AUGGAGAAGGAGGAGGCAGCGGCGGCGAGACCCGCUCGCAACGAACAGGAAUCCCAUGGAACCGCGUGGAAGCGGGCGCGGAGUGGCGACUGCGACGUGAACUCCGGCGAUCUCAUCAGCCACCUUGCUGACGCCCUCCUCGGAACCAUCAUCUCCCUCCUCCCAACCAAAGAUGGCGGUCGCACGCAGAUCCUCUCCCGCCGAUGGCGCCACCUGUGGCGCUCCGCGCCUCUCAGCCUCGAGGUCCUCGCCUUCCUCCCUGUCCCGGUCUUCGAUCGCUACGCCGUCCCCACCACCGCUGUCUCCAAGAUAAUAUCCCAACACCCUGGCCCCGCCCGCCGAUUCUCCUUCCUCUUCCUCGGGGCCGGCGAUCUCUACGCGGAGGUGGAGAGCUGGUUCGACUCCCGGGCCCUCGCCAACCUCCAGGAGCUCGAUAUCGGCUAUGAGUACCUCUUGGCAUCCAAGGGCAAAUAUCAGUUGCCGCAAUCCACGUUCCGCUCGGCAUCCACCCUCCUCGUUGCCAAGAUCAGGAACUGCGGUUUCUCUGACACAGUCCCACUGUCCUUCAAUUUCCCUCUCCUCAAGGAGCUCUCGUUGCAUUAUGUUUCCUUCUCCGGGGCGUUCCAGAGCUUGCUCUCGGGCUGCCAUGCCUUGGAAAGCUUAUACAUGCUCCAAGUUCAUGCUACAGCUGGUUGCCUCCGUGUUUGCUCGCCAACUCUUAGAAGCAUUGGCUUUCGUGAUAACUCUGGUGAAAAAACAGAAUUGGUCCUCGAGGAUGCUCCUCGCCUUGAAAGGUUAUUAUUGCCGUAUUGUCACCGGAAUGAUUGCGUUACUAUCCGGGUUAUUAGGGCACCUAAGCUGAAGAUAUUGGGGCCUUUCUCAGCAGACUCGUGCAAAUUCCGGAUCUUUCAGGGAAUGAGCCCCGUCAGCUCGGCAAACUCGAUACACACCGUGAAGGUUUUGGCCCUCACGUGUUCUUCUCUUCAAUUGGAUGCAGUUCUUGGCGUCCUCAGGUGGUUCCCAUGUUUGGAAAAGCUCUACGUCAGUUUUCACGAAUACUAUCAGACACAUAAGAAAUUUGAGCCUCAGGGUGACCCACUAUAUCCAAUUGAAUGCCUUCAGACCCAUCUAAAGAAAGUGAUGUUGACGUUAUACAUGAGCUAUGAGAAACAGGUUCACUUGGCCAGAUUCUUUGUUCUGAAUGCAAAAGUGCUAAAGAAAAUUGAGUUUCUUGUAUGGAACGACUACAGUGAUGAAUUGGUGGCUCACCAGCACAGCCUGCUCCAAGUCAAAAACAGAGCUUCUCGAGAUGCUCAAUUUGAAUUCAGGAAUUCUCUGUUUUUUAUUGACAAACAUGUAGAGGACCAUAUCCAUGAUUUGUCAGUGGCUGACCCCUUCAGACAGCCAUAG